AUGGAAGGAGAAAACACAUUGAUUGAAGAUGUACCUAUAUUGGAAAUGGAGGAGGAGGACCAAUAUGAUGGAUCUGAUCUAGAUGAUUCAGAACAUGAAGACAAAUCUGAUUACACUUCCAGUGAUUCCGAUAGCAACAGUGAUUCCGAUAGCAACACAAAGACUACAAAUAAAACAAGGAAUAGGGGAUUGACUCGAUUGCCAAAGUUACGGACCGAACAUACAAAUUCUGGUGGAAGAAAAAAACGUGUAAAGUUUGAUGAAUUUGGAAGGUUUUCAUGGAAGUAUAGAUCACAACUACCUAGUUAUCUGGGAGACCUAGUACGGGAAAGGGUAGGAGUUAGUGUUUUCAACUGGAAGAAGGUAACAAAAGAAGUCAAGGAAAAACUACGGGAAGAGAUAGUCCAUAUGUAG